GACACGCAUGCUGUGGUGCAGAGGUUCCUCUAGUGAGGCAGGGCUCCAUCUCAGCUGUAUUCUCUGGUGUUCCUCCUGCUGAAGUGAAUAUAUAACAGUGAAUAAAUUACAGGCUUCCUUUGCAGUAGAUUGAGUGCAUGUUGUGUUACAGUCAGGGCUACUGCUGUGCUCCUCCUUGUUCUGGCUGAACAAGAGACGUGUGUCGAGAUCUGAAGGAAAAGCAUCACAUGUGGACAAGCGGAACAGAAGAGACGCAGCGUAGGGAUACAAAGUGAAGGCUGUGAUGUCGGAUGUCUUUUCCACAUUGAGUUUUGAGAGGCAGAUAGGUGGGCGCUUAAGGUUUGAGUCACAUCAGUAGCUGAUCAAGGGAGAGAAGAGUCAAGCGAGAAGAAAACGUGGGAAAGAGAAGUUGACAGUGGAAGGAUACAGGAUGAUCUUGGGAAGUGUAAACCGACCUGGGCCGGUCCCUGCCUUCCUCAGGAGCCCACCUGUCAUCCAAGCCCCACUGGAUAUGAAGCCCUUCCUUCAGUUCCCCCUGGAGUCGCCUCACCCGGCCAGCAUCGGCCUCUUCCACAACUUUAACACAAUGGACCCUGUCCAGAAGGCUGUGAUGACACACACCUUCGGGCCACCAAUGGUGAAGACAAAGCGGCCAAUCAUAUCCUGCAAUGUCUGUCAAAUACGCUUCAACUCAGAGAGCCAGGCAGAGGCCCACUAUAAGGGGAACCGCCAUGCUCGGAGGGUGAAGGGGAUCGAGACAUCCAAGACAGCUCGUUUCCAAGAUGGUGACAAGCAGCACCCUCCACCUACUGCUUCGCCCACCCCACGAGGCCCCUCUCCAUCUAGCCCAGAGCCUAAUCCUAACAAGCAGGAUGACACCCAAUCCUGUCCCAACUCUAUCAAGUCACCUUUGACCCCUAGCCACCUCCGAACACCCACACUGAGCUCAGCAGACGCAGCAUGUCCCCUCUUGCCUUCUGUCAGCACGCCUUUGCCAUCCUCUCCGUCCCCCUCCGCGGCCCUUGGUAACCCCCCUGUGGAUCCAGCAGCAGCUGGUCUUCCCGAUACCCCGUCCCCAGCACCCAGCCCUUCUUCAGGAGAGUCAGAGGAAGAGAAAGCCAAGAAGCUUCUCUACUGCUCCCUGUGCAAAGUAGCUGUUAAUUCCCUCUCACAACUGGAGGCACACAACAAAGGUACCAAACACAAAACCAUUCUGGAGGCUAGGAGUGGACUGGGACCCAUUAAAGCAUACCCACGUCUGGGUCCUAAACCCAGUCCAGAGCAAGGAGGGGAGCUGUCCUCUGACCCCAACACUCAGGAACGCACCUUCCACUGUGAGAUCUGCAACGUCAGAGUAAACUCAGAGCUGCAGCUAAAACAGCAUAUAUCCAGCCGGAGGCAUCGGGAUGGAGUUGCAGGGAAACCUAAUCCACUUCUCAGCCGGCACAAGAAGCGCACAGACUUUAUGGAAAUUCCAAAAACUCUGGGGGCCGGACUUUUACCAAGUCCUCUUGCUGUCGCUGCGGCGAUGGCGGCGGCAGCCUCCUCUGGUCAGCUGGCACUACGUCCUCCUGGCCCGACCUCCCACCCUCAUCCCCAUCACCACCUCCUACAGGGAACACACCUCAGCCUCCUGAGGCCCGCCCCAGGUCCCAUUCGCACCACGCAUGGGCCGAUCCUCUUCACCCCUUACUGAGAGAAUGCGAGAGAAUGUGGACGAAUCAGGAAGAAGCACACUGUGAGGUGGAGGGCUGCAACCAUGUGCCAUCAAGAGCCAAACUAGCUGGUGCGGCUCCAGCUGUUGUUUCGUCAUAAUAAAAACAGUGAGCAUAAAUAUGACUCUUCAUGGUGCGUACUGUGGUUGCAGACCACUACUGUUAUGUUAACAGAGGAGAACCAGAGAUUUCAAAGACACUGUAUGUUUCCAUCCUCCCCAGUUUCCCUUCAUCAUUCAACUAUCUGCCAAUCAUCAAGUAGACUGUACAGAUAGUUUGAAGAGGAAAUUAUUAACAAACAAACACAGUUUUUAUCAAGCAUGGACUUAUUUGAGAGCAUCCUCCAAUCUUCAACUGAUGACUAAUUAUCUUCAUCUAACAUAUGAUCCACUGUAUCUGACUCCAAACCCUACCUCUCUUAUGUUUUUAAUAUUCACCUCUGCAAGGGUUCAUUACAUAUCCAAAGCAUUAAUGUUAUCAAAAACAUGCCCGAUGGGUUAGAUAUAGUAGUUUCCUCUGAUGUUAAGUGGUAUCACGCUGUAGCUCUCACAGUAUAGUGGAUUGUGCCACUGUAAUGUAUUGGUUUUUGUAGCCUAUUAAGAGAAAAGGUACCAAGGAUUCCCAAAUUCCUUCUGCAGUUACUGGUAAACAUUUCUCUGUACUGUAUGUCUACAUUUUACACGUCUACAUCUGGCCUAUAUGGUCUAUAUUUACCUCUGUGGGACAGAUAAAGGAAAUUAAAGAGGAAAAGUAGAAGGGAAGAAAUUACUUCACUUUUUAAAACUGUAUUAGUGUGCACAUCAACCACAUUCAUGGUUUGGCAGAGGUGGGGUUGUUUUGAAGAAGUAAUUGCUACUUGUGCACUAUGCAGCUAUCAGUGUUCUACAGUCUUUGUAAAAUGCAGUAAGGUUGGAAAAAAUAAGAAUAGAAAGAGAAACCCAUGCUAAGAUAGUUUCUUAGGUCCCCUGAUGAUUCCCCUGGUACUUCCUGAAUGGCCACAACCACGUGCAUAACCGCAAAGCACAUCAGUCAAAGUCUGCGGUGAAAAGUCUACAUGUGAAUGGCUUAAAUAGGUUUUAAAUGACAAUGUAUCCUUUUUUUUAGCUGCACCUCACUGAGCAAAACAGAAAGGUUUCAGUGUCUUCAUGGAAUAGCUCUAACACUGUGAGCACAGCAGGACAAUGGCUGAUUUGUGACUUUAGUAGCAGGUAUUUGUAUUAUGUGCACAUUAUUACAGACCACAUUUUCACCACAAUGCCAUACAAGGAGUGUGAAAAACAGUGGGAUGAAAGACACCAGCAUUAUGUUACUGAGGAAGAGAAAAGGACCACAUAUACAGAUGAGUAGUUGUAUGCAAAAAAAACCAUCACACCAUUUUUUGGAAGUAUUAUAGGCCUGUAGUGGGAUAAAAAAAUGUUUUGUUUGUCUGCUCUGCCUUGUGUGCUCCAACCCUACAUGACCCUAAACUAUCCCAGUGAAAACUCUCAUGAUGGCUCAUGAAACAUUAGAGGGAAGCUUUAGGAAACAGAAACUGUAGCAAUACUUUAAGCACUCCUGCUAACUUUUCAUGUUAACUGCAAUAAAAAGAAAAUGUCUACAAAUAUAUGAAUUGUUAUUUAGGAAAUGUGUGUUGAAACAUUAUUGUAAAUGUGGAUUAUUAAAAAAUGAGAAAAGGUACAUGUUGGGUCUUCCUAAUUGUUGAAUUAAAACAAAAUUCUAUAUAAAAUCAUUAAACUGAGUCUAUGGUUGUAAGCAAUGUUGAUUGGUGAAU